GCAAGGAACGCCUGGUUGAAAAAAAAACCACUCUGGUCAGUUGAUUUUUCAGGAACAUGGCUUGAGUAAAAGAACUGAAUAUAUUGGAAAACGAGUCCAGUUUAAGUGGUGCAUGGCAUGGCAUAUUAUUUGUGGUAACUUAAGUCGCUGAAGGAUCGUGAUGAAAAGCCAAAAGCGUAAGCUGAAGACGAAUGGAGAUUCUUCAAAAUCAUCAAGGAAAGCCAAGAGGAGUAAGGUGGAUGAAGAGGAAGAUUUUGAUGAUGAAUCUGUCGAGGAUGUUGAGAUUGCACCCAAAUCUUCAUCUGCCGCAGUGAGUGAUGAGACAAACGAAGAUGAGUUUGGUGCCAAAGAUUAUCGCAAGAUAACAGAGCUCAAAGCAGAUCAUUCCUCCAGACCUCUCUGGGUGGCUCCUGACGGUCACAUUUUCCUGGAAUCAUUUUCUCCUGUCUACAAACAUGCACAUGACUUUCUUAUUGCUAUUUCGGAGCCUGUUUGCAGACCAGAGCAUAUACACGAAUACAGAUUGACAGCAUAUUCUCUCUAUGCUGCCGUCUCUGUUGGCCUACAGACAAGUGAUAUCAUUGAAUAUCUAAGACGUUUGAGCAAGACUACUAUCCCUGAUGGCAUAAUUCAGUUUAUUAAGAUCUGUACUCUAAGCUAUGGAAAAGUGAAGCUUGUCUUAAAACACAACAGAUACUUUGUGGAAAGCAGUCAUCCAGAAGUGCUUCAGCAUCUUCUCAGAGACCCAGAGAUUCAAGAAUGUCGAAAGCACACAGAUGAGGACAUUGAGCUUGGUUUGGGAGAGGAUCAGCUUGUUAAAUCUACUGUGGGUGGAAAGUCUUCACUGAAGCUAAACAAACCACAGGAAUCUAAUGGAGAGACUUCUCAAACAACAGAGCAGGUAAUUCUGAAUGACAAACUUAUAAAAAGAAUUCAACUUUUGAAACCAGAUGAGAGUUGUAAAUCCUUCUGUUUCACAUUUUACAGCUACACCUGUACAUGUAUAGCCAUUUGGUAUGAUUUUCUUUUAUCAUUGAGUAUUUUUCUUUCUAAAUUGUUAUUCAAUCAUUUCGAACCUCCCUUUAAGAUGUGGUCCACCAUCGAUGAUCGCACGAUCUGUCGCUUUACCUCAGACGCCAAAGAUAAACCUGUCAAUUGUAAUAUUGCUAUUUCAACGUAUUCUAUGGUGUCGUUCACUGGGAAAAGAUCCUGGGAGGCUGGAGAGGUUAUGAAUUUUAUGCAGACACAGGAAUGGGGCUUAAUGAUUCUAGAUGAAGUUCACACUAUUCCAGCCAAGCAGUUCAGAAGAGUUUUAACAGUCGUUCAAGCGCACUGUAAGCUGGGACUCACAGCAACUCUUGUCCGAGAAGAUGACAAGAUCCAGGACUUAAAUUUCCUUAUUGGACCUAAGCUAUACGAGGCCAACUGGAUGGAACUACAAAACAAUGGAUUUAUUGCACGGGUCCAGUGUGCCGAGGUGUGGUGUCCAAUGACGCCUGAGUUCUACAGAGAAUAUCUCAACAUCAGAACACGAAAGAGAAAGCUGUUAUACGUCAUGAACCCAAACAAGUUCCGAUCAUGCGAGUUUUUGAUUCGUUUUCAUGAAAGACGCAAUGAUAAAGUCAUUGUUUUCUCUGACAAUGUGUUUGCACUCAAGAAAUACGCUGAGAAACUAAAGAAACCAUUUAUCUACGGACCAACUCAUCAAAGUGAGCGAAUGCAGAUUUUGCAGAACUUCCAGCACAAUCCUUUGGUCAAUACGAUAUUUAUCUCCAAGGUAAGACAAAACUACUUGUUCUCACUGGUGAGUAGAUUCGACACUGAAGAAAUGUAUUAUUCAGCGAAACGACAGCGCUUUUUGGUGAAUCAAGGUUACAGCUUCAAGGUUAUAACAAGACUGGCAGGCAUGGAAGAGUUUAAGAUUUCUUCGCACGGUGGCUCAAGAAGGCAGGAAGCCCAACGACUUGGUAGAAUUCUCCGAGCGAAGAAAGGUAGGUUUCAAUUUGUGUCUUGUCCUAAACUGAAGGUUGCUGCUGACCUGUAAUGGACCCCCAUCCCAUCCAGGUGUAAUAGACAGAAUCCUGGUCAGUAAAUACUCGAAAAUUCUUUACAAACUGGUAUUAAACAGGGCUGUCAUUAAUUAAGUUUUGAUUGACCUGUAACCUUAAUCUUCAUA